UCUUGUCACGAAUUUACGGUGACAAUUUACGGUUGCUAUUAGUCUUUUUUCUUCCCUUAAAAAUUCUUUUGACAAGAUGGCAUUGAAACGUUCAUCAGGUGUGUCCUCACAAAGUUCAUCAUUUCCAUCACCUACUUCAUUACUCUAUCGAAUGUUUCACAUACGUCCUAAUCAAAGGCGUAACAUUCUUCUCAAUAUUUUAUCCUUAAUUGGAGCUUAUUGGAUUAUUACAACACUUAUUUCACUUUCAAAUCGUGAUAUCGAUGGUCAGGUACAGGGACGUGGAUUAUUGCUGAGGGAACCGGUUGGUCGACAGUUACAAUUACAAGAAGAAGGUUUUGUCGCAAUCGAUGAUUUCAAAUAUCAAGAAAAUCGCAAGAACAACAAUAAGAGUAAGGAUGAAAAUCUACAAAUAGUUCGUGCUCACAGAAAUCUUCCAGAAUCAAUCAAUAAUGAAAAAUUAAAAAAGUCCGAACAAAGCGAUGAAAUUCCCGGUGAAGACAAUAAUGGAUUAGAAAAGCCAAAUAUACCACAACCAAAACGUUUUGUCUAUAUGGAAGGUAGUCCAAUUUAUAAACAAGGUGAUCCAAAUCAACCUGGUGAAUUUGGUACUGGUAAAUUAUCACCAAAAGAGCGUAAAUUGUUUGAUGAAGGAUUUAAGCGAAAUUCUUUUAAUGAAUAUGUAUCCAAUAUGAUUUCCAUACAUCGAUCACUUCCAAAUAAUACCGACGAAUUAUGUCAAAAAGCAUCUUAUCGCAAUGAUCUACCAGAUACAUCGGUGAUUAUUUGUUUUCACAAUGAAGCGUGGUCAGUACUUUUGCGCACAGUGCAUAGUGUACUGGAAAGAACACCUGAUCAUUUACUUAAAGAAAUUAUCCUAGUCGAUGAUUUCUCCGAUUUUGACCACCUAAAGAAACCAUUGGAAGAUUAUAUGAGUCAAUUUGGUAAAGUUCGAAUAAUAAGAUUGGAAAAUCGGAUGGGUUUAAUCCGUGCUCGUCUUAAAGGUGCUUCAGUUGCAACAGGCAAAGUAUUGACAUAUUUGGAUUCACACUGUGAAUGCAUGAAUAGAUGGCUUGAACCGUUGCUUGAUCGAAUAGCACAAAAUUCGACAAAUGUAGUAACACCUGUAAUUGAUACAAUUAACCUGGAAACAUUGCAAUAUCAUUUGUCGAGUCAUCGUCGUUUGAGUGUUGGUGGAUUUAAUUGGGGUCUUGUUUUCAAUUGGCAUAUAUUACCGGAUCGUGAUUAUCAAGCAAUGAAAUCACGAAUUGAUCCCAUACCUUCACCAACAAUGGCUGGUGGAUUAUUUUCCAUUGAUCGAGGUUAUUUUGAAAAACUUGGUGGUUAUGAUCCUGGCUUUGAUAUUUGGGGUAGUGAAAAUCUUGAAAUAUCAUUUAAGAUAUGGAUGUGUGGUGGACGAUUGGAAGUGGUACCAUGCAGUCAUGUUGGUCAUAUUUUUCGUAAAAAAUCACCUUACAAAUGGAGGAAGGGUAUUAAUGUAUUACAAAGGAAUAAUAUUCGAUUAGCUGAGGUAUGGUUAGAUGAUUACAAAGAAAUUUACUACAAUCGGAUCAAUCAUAAGCUGGUUGAUUUUGGCGAUGUAUCAGAGCGAAAGAAAUUACGAGAACAUUUGAAGUGUCACUCAUUUAAAUGGUACUUGGAUAAUGUAUUUCCAGAUUUAUUUCUACCAUCGGAAGCAAUUGCAAGUGGUGAAAUUCGUAAUCUUGGUAAUCAAAAGUAUUGUGUGGAUCAUGAUGUUGGUCGAAAUGCUGUAAAUGAUAGUGUUAUACCAUAUCCAUGUCAUUUGCAAGGCGGUAAUCAGUUUUGGAUGUUAAGUAAAAGUGGUGAAAUACGACGUGAUGAAUAUUGCAUUGAUUAUACAGGUCGUGGUUCACCAGUAACUUAUGAAUGUCAUGGUUCCAAAGGUAAUCAACUUUGGGAUUACAAUCAUGAGACUGGUCGAUUAUAUCAUCCAGUAUCACGUUACUGUUUAACACUAAGCGGUGAUGAUACGAUGCUGGUAAUGAGGAUUUGUGAUGAUAAGAACGAAAGACAACGAUGGAGGUUUCAACAUUUCAAUGAAACAUUGGCUGCACAAGCAACAAGUAAUAUUAAAUUAAAAUAA